CUAGUGCGCCAAUAUUGCUCCAGUGCUUCGCAGCGUAAGUAUCCCAAGUUCUAGAGUGGCUCCAUGCCAGAUACCGCCACAGAUUAGAUAACGAAUUGCACUUGCAGCCGGCUCAGAGUUCCUUCAAUUGAAAAUGGCCAACAUUGCUAAGAUCUUCGCUAGCCGCGCCCAGUGCGUCCUGCAGGCAGCCGCCCGUCAGCCACAGGUGGCCACCCGUUUCAGCAGCUCCUCCACCAACAACAACUGGGAGUACAUCAAGACCGAAGUGGCCGGCGAGGGCAAGAACGUAGGCGUGAUCACCCUGAACCGCCCCAAGGCCCUGAAUGCCCUCUGCAAUGGCCUGAUGAAGGAGCUGUCCACCGCAUUGCAGCAAUUCAGCAAGGAUAAGACCAUCUCCGCCAUCGUUUUGACGGGCAGCGAGAAGGCCUUCGCCGCUGGCGCUGAUAUUAAGGAGAUGGUGGGCAACACCUACUCGCAGUGCAUCCAGGGCAACUUCUUGAACGACUGGACAGAGGUGGCCCGCACCCAGAAGCCCAUCAUUGCUGCCGUGAAUGGUUACGCCUUGGGCGGUGGCUGUGAGCUGGCCAUGAUGUGCGACAUCAUAUAUGCCGGUGACAAGGCCAAGUUUGGUCAGCCUGAAAUUGCCCUGGGCACCAUUCCCGGUGCCGGUGGCACCCAGCGUCUGACCCGCGUCGUUGGCAAGUCCAAGGCCAUGGAAAUGUGCCUCACCGGCAAUAUGAUCGGCGCCCAGGAGGCUGAGAAGCUGGGUCUGGCCAGCAAGGUGGUGCCCGCCGACCAGUUAUUGGGCGAGGCCGUCAAGCUGGGCGAGAAGAUCGGCACCCACUCCAAUCUGAUCGUGCAGCUGUGCAAGGAGGCGGUUAACACGGCUUACGAGACCACUCUCCAAGAGGGCCUGAAGUUCGAGCGUCGCACCUUCCAUGCCACGUUCUCCACGGCCGAUCGCAAGGAGGGCAUGACCGCUUUCGCCGAGAAGCGCCCUGCCAAGUUUACCAACGAGUAAAUACUACCCUAAUCAAUCCCAGCCAGCUUUGCAUUUAUAUUAUCUAAAAGAAAAACUGUUGUUUCUACGCAAUUAAAACUUUAAUCGUGAUAAUUUGAAAAUG